AUGAAGUUCACUACUGUCAUCGCCUCCCUCUGCCUGGUCGCGGCUCCACUCGUCGCCGCAGAGGAGACCACUACUUCAACUGCAACCACGACCAUCACCAAGACUCUGGUUCGUGUCAAUUCGGUGACCCCAGCUCCUAGUUCUAGCAUGAGCUCCAGCGUGGGCUUCAGCACGAGCAACGUGGCCACCAUGUCUGUUUCGACAUCGACUCCUCUGUCUCGCGCCACCUCAACUACUUCUGCUGCUGCCGCAGCCACUCCCUCCACCGGUGCAGCGGCCAACAUUGGCGCUGACAUGCCAGCUGCCUUGGCCGCCGCCGGCUAUAUCGUUGUGAUGGUGGGCCAGGCCCUAUAA